UGUUAUAAGCCACACUGUCUGCUUUGUGUUGUGCUUGGGUGUUGAAACAGUUUCUUUCUGUGUAGUUCGAUAUGUCAAUCCUCGUUCUACUCGCGUGUAUGUGGAUAAGUUAUUUACAAGUAGAUGCUGCGACAAAUCCACUAUGGAAUGUGAAUGUGAGCGAUUUGAUGGAAGACGUGAAGACCAAACCUAUACCAACCUUGGUCUCUGAUCUGACGCAGAAGAUGACGGGAGAGUUUGACAAGAUGUACCAUCAGCUGGAGGGCGUCCUCGGACAGCUCAAGGAGGGCUGGGGCACGAGGGAGGUGGAGGCCCAGCUGGACCCGGAGACCCUGAGCAGAUGUAGCUGCUACUGUCGCUGUCCCCACGACACUGGAGAGUCUAAGGUAGUCUCCGAGGUGAAGAACUCUGUCCAGGAGCUCAAGAAGAAACUGGAGAAUCUGGGAAGAUCAUUCAAGGAUAAAAUACACUUAAUGACUUCUUUGUAAAAAUACAUUACAAUGAGUUUGCUUAUAUCCUAUCCAAAAUAGCAUUAGGCUGUUAGUUGUUUAACAUG